CAUCCAAAAGACGAGUCGGUGGCUUGAAUCAACGCGCAUCGGUACCGUCUCUCUUUCUCUCCUUAGUCAGACACAUAAAAACCCCUCGUCAUCUAACGUGAAACCGCUUGGUGGGAUACCGACAUUAUUCCAGUCGCUGUCUGCCUAUCAUCGUGAUCGCAAGCCGAACCUUUCCGACAACACAAGCCAUAAUCCAGUCUGGAAGUUAAUGCAGCAUGGGGCUGACCGAACUGGGCUGACGCACGAAAAAAACAAAAAGAAACGGACACUUAUGACAAACCAUGUCGCCGUGGCCGUGUUUUGCGGUGAUGCUACUGGUGCUCCGGUCUAUCGAUACGCAGGCCACGAAGCCGCCGUUAUGCCAAGCCGUAUAUGGCCUACGGAUGAGUCCGACCGGAUCUCUUGAGAAAGUGUUGGAUGCCGUUCGCUGCCACAAUGCCGACACGGCUUUCAUCCAAAGUUUUCUCGAACAGAUUAAGCCCCAGGUGGUGGGUGACGGUUUAUUAGAACUCGAAAUCAGCGACUGUGUACUCCCUUCGCUAUCGGGGCCAGAUUCGCUGGCCCGCAUCGGCUUACGACGCUUGAGCAUCCAGCAGAGUGGUCUGAAAAGUUUAACCAUCGACAGUUUGGCCGGCCAAGAAAACGUUUUGGAGGAGCUCGACCUGAGCGGCAAUUUUCUAGAGGAAAUUCCGGCAGCCAUCCGAAAUUUAACGGCCCUGGUUCGGAUGGAUCUCAGCAGGAAUCGCAUCCGCUCGCUGCCGCAGGGCGCUGUCUUCUUCCACUUGCUCAAGCUUCGGCAUCUCAAUUUGAACUACAACAGACUGGGAUACUUGGACAAUGUUCGCUAUCCAUCGGGAGUGGCCAUCGGCCAAACAUUGCCACUGGCUAUUUUCAAUUUAGAACCACUCAGGGAUCACAUCGAAACAAUCCAAUUACGUUCCAACAAUCUGACGGCUUUUCCCGACCAAUUUUCACGGCCUUUCGGACGCUUACGUCAACUCGACCUGUCACACAAUAACUUUCAGAGCAUCCCGCUCGAAUCGUUUUCAAAAAUGCCGCAACUUGGUUGGCUGAAAUUGGACAACAAUGAGCUUGAGCAAAUGCCCGUGCUUCAAUUGCCUUUGUCAUUGAAGACCAUUUCGAUCAGAGGAAACCCAGUGCGAUGCGACUGUAGCGCUGUGUGGCUUUGGCAGUGGAGUGAAACGCGCAAGAAUUUGACGGACGGAGGUGAACUCGAAAUGGAUCACUGCGUUCAUCCUGAACGCUGGAAAGGUCUUCACUUAGCAGACCUCCCACACGACUUUUGCAAAGGUAACGAAACAUCCAGCGCAACAAGUGAAGAGGACGACACGGAAAACAUCAUGCGGUCUGUCUCAAUCAGCGCCAUCCCAUUCUCGGACCGAAUCAACGUGACGAUAGAAGUGACAGCCAACAUUUCAACAGCUUUGAAUUGGACCAUCAAUUACAGGCAAUUCGGAAGUGGAAAACUGGAGGAAGUACCCGUUGGAGGGAUGAUUUCAAGAAACAAAACGCAGACUCUAGUCAACCUGGCGUCUUCUACUGGCUACCAAGUUUGCGUCCACUUGGCCGGACGUGCCGAAAAUCAGCAACGAUGCUUGGAAGUCAUUACGUUGGCAGAAAAGAUCACAUCGUAUCCAGUGACUGAAAUGGCGGUUGCCGCCUCCGUUUCAACAUCUACCACGUUGGUUAUCGUCAUUUUGGUUUGCUGCUGCUGUCCGAGUAUCAAGUGCGGCAAAAAGGACAAGAAGGACAAAAACGGCACGCUAGAUGGCAGCAGUAAGGACGAAGUCGACCAAAAAAACAAAGUCCUAACAUUCGCGUCAUCGGCGGGCACCAAUUCGGAACCGACGGCCAUUUGGACCAACGGCGAACAGGUCCAGCAGGGACAAUUUUCCACGUUCCGCGGACCUGGACGGCCACAACAUCGGCCUUCUAUCGACGAUCAAAGUCACCAAGUGUUCCAGGCGACGUGCAACUAUUUACGAGAGAGAGCACUCGAUCCAUUAAGAGGUUUAGGUAAUCGAAAAAGCGAAGGCCAGCUCUUAGAAAUUGUCCAGCCCCGUCGGCAUUCCAUGACGGCCCAGCUGCCCAUCUACCUCACACCGAUAGCCGACGGUCAACUGAAUCCUUUGGCUGAACAGAGAAGAUUUCCCAACGGCAACAGCGUGCAUUAUUUCAAUUCUAGUUACGGACUGACCGAGUUCCAUCCGGGUCAAUCGCAUCCCGGCCCACUGGGCGAUCAAUACAAAUACUGCACUUGGAGGCCGUCCAAAAAGCUUCGACAUCCGCCUCUACUGAGCAACUGGACCAGCUAUCCGGAUUUCCUUGCCAAUAGCGGAUCGUUCAAGCAUCCGCUAUCACCAUCCCAACCGACUGUCGGCGUUCCAGUCUUCUCGAUGACCACAUCAUGUCGUGCACGACGCAAUCGCGAACGUUUUUACUGGUCCGCUGCGCCGGCUCCCAUACACACGGUGGAAAUGCAAUUUUGAAUUUGUCCAUCAUCGUCGUCCAGUUUUCUAACGGGCAAUUUGACGACUAUCGGGUAACAAGUCAUAACAGCAAUAAAAAUAAUAUACGAUGUAGACUUAUUGGAGCUUGUUACUAUCUAAACUUCUCCCACACUUUCACGAGAGAUGUUUUCGAAAACUUUCAAAGGGAAACUGAUGACAUGUUGUGAUAAGCGUGUCGAUAUGCAUUCUUGCUCCCGUCAUUUGACUCUUUUCCAAACCGAUGUUGUACUUUCUUUUUUCUUUCUUCUUCUUCUUUCUCGCCCCAUUUUCUCUAAAUGGAACAUUUGAGUUUUCAAAAUAAUUUGUGCAACAGACUUUUUGUUUUGUUAGUCUAGAGCGACUCCUCAAAUACAUUAGAGGUUUGCUCUCUU